AUGUUGCUGGUAGAUAAACAACGCCCCAAAACAUUGGAGGAGAUGGACUAUCACAAGGAUAUGUCGAUAAACUUAAUGAAGCUCGCAUCAUCCAAUGAGUUUCCACAUAUGCUGUUUUAUGGUCCUUCGGGCUGUGGGAAGAAAACCCGCAUCAUGGCGCUCUUGCGUGAAAUGUUUGGAUCGGGUGUAGAAAAGCUACGAAUGGAGAAAAGGGAGUUCAAAACUCCAUCGCAAAAAUCGAUUGAGAUUGUAACGAUAGCGAGUAACUAUCACAUCGAACUGAACCCAAGCGAUGUUGGGAUAUAUGACUAUGUGGUUGUUCAAGAAAUCAUAAAGGAAAUUGCUCAAUAUAAACAACUCGAUGCAAAUGCGAAGCAUCCCUUCAAAGUGGUUCUCCUAAGCGAGGCGGACAAUUUAUCUCGAAACGCUCAAGCAGGUCUUCGUCGUACCAUGGAGAAAUACUCCAGCAACUGUCGUCUGAUUCUCUGUUGCGAAAACAGCAGUCGCAUCAUCGCUCCGAUUCGCAGUCGCUGUCUCUGUCUCCGUAUCUCCGCACCGACUCUCUCUGAAGUUCUAAGCAUUCUGCAGCGGAACUGUCUGAACGAGGGUCUCUCGGUGCCUUCUUCGCAGUUGCAGCGCAUCGCCCAAGCUUCGAAUCGGAACCUGCGCCGCGCGCUGUUGCUGUUGGAAUCGAACACUGCGGCGAACGGAGGGGGAGGAUUGAAGGGGGAGGACAUCGUGCUGAUGGAUUGGGAGCGAUUUCUCGAGUCCAUCGUGGGAAUCAUCGUCACAAAGCAGAACCCUGCGGCGCUGCUCGAGAUCCGAGGCAAAUACUACGAGUUGCUGGCGCGAUUGAUCCCGGCGAGCGUGAUUUUGAAGAGGAUCGCGAGCAGACUGGUGGACUCGACGCCCUCGCGAGCGACGCAGAUGGAAAUCGUGCAUUGGGCUGCGGUGUAUGAUCAGAAAAUGCGGAAAGGAGGGAAGGAGAUCGUGCCGCUGGAAGCCUUCACGGCACGCUGCAUGGCGCUGCUCGCUCAAGCCCGUCAUUCAUGCAUUGUUUUCUAG